GGGCGCGGCGUGUGCGGCAGGCUGGGCUGCACCGCAGCGCAUACACUACAAUGGCUGCUGGAAGGACGGGAAAGCAAACAAUUUCCAGGCCCGCCGCGUCCAGCCCGAAAUAUGGGGAAAAAAUUUCAGAAAAAUCGGAGAACACUGUAAAGGGUGGAAACGGGGCGCAGAGGGGAUGCUGAGGCUCCCGCGCAGAGGCCCGAGGCAACCAGGUAAAAGCCCAGCAAAUAAAGGUCAGUAGCCUCACCUAUGCCACACUGUCCGGCCCGGCCUGGGCCUGCUGGAAGCACUGUGACUCAUCAGAUGCGAACAAUACUCCAGAAACAGCUACAGGAUCCUGCAGAGGCUGGAGGAGGAAACCGAUCCAGUAAGUAUUGCAUGCCCAAUUGCACAAUAAUUUCGCAGCAGGGUUUAAACUGCUUUUUCUGGGUUGGAGCGUCCUGGCGCAGGUAGCGGCCUUCCCCUUGCCGUUCAGCUUGGCGGUUCUCCAGCUCGGAUCAGGCAUGUGUGUUUAUAAGCUGCGGGCUCCUCAUCCACACGUAUGUGCUCUCACCGGCCACCUCCGAACUUCUGUGCUGCAGCUCUGAUCCCUGCGUGUCUUCUUUGCUCUUACCACCUCAGCCAGAGAAUAACAGAUCCACGCCAUCCCCCAAAUUCUUGCACGUCAAACCCAGUAAAUUCAGCUCAUUCCCUCAGCUAACCUUGCCUAGUUGUGAGUCCUGGUUUGCUGAAGGACUCGUUGGAAGCUUUGCUGUCUCAGCUUCCUUGUACCUCCAAUCUCCUCCUUCCCCCGUUACCUACGCUCUCAACCUUCUGCGUAAGAGCCCCAUCCCAGGAGGAGUGGCAUGAAGGUCUCUCUUGCCCAGGUCUCCGUCCUGUAGCUACCUUGCCCUGGUUGUAGCCUGGAGGGGUGUAGAAGGACCAGAGGGGUGACCCUGCAGUCAGUGCUGACAUAGCCAGGAGCACGCUGCCCUCUCCCUGCUUUCCCUGGGGAGCCUGGCUGUGUGGGUAAGGCACAAAGUUAGACGUGGCGAGGAGCAAAGCCAUGCCAGCUGAGUCACGGCACAGCUUGCCUCGGUGUCCCCCAGCAUCCUGACCCCUCGUGUGGGUGGAAUGAGAGAGGAGUGGGGGGCUGGAGGGGAGCGUGUGUUUGGGGGGGCACAGACGCAGAGGAUGGAUGGUGUUACAUGGGACUCGUGUUGCCUCCUCCUGUCUGCGCCCCUCGCCCCUGCCUAUGCGAGCUGCCCUUCAGUGUUAAGGGUGGGUUUGACCUCCUCCUAUUCAGUGUCAUCCGUGACAAUCUGUGCUGGUGACAUGGGGAUUAUUAGUUUUCUCUCUUCGGUACGAGACCUCACAAAUACAAAAGCUCUUGAUCACGCUUUUUGAUGCUUGUGCAUUUUUCAUAUCAUGUGGUUUUCUUUCUCUUGCUCCUUCCCCCCAGUCUGUUGAAAUGGCAUCCUCCUCCUCAGGCCGAUGGUAAAGCUUUAACAAUUCUUUUCUUUGCUAUGCCAAGUCCCAAACACGAGUUGCACUUCUCUGCCUCCUUCCUCAGCUGAUUUGAUCUCCUCUCAUUUCCUCCUCACUAAUCACAGCCUUCCCCAGCUUUGGUUAUGCUGCCCCCCUGCUCCAGACCUUAGUCAUGCUCAGAGUGUUUAUAAAUCUUAAUGCAGCCUCAAAUCUAAAGCUACGCUGUCGCUGAGUUUCAUUAGCGUGCUGAGGGUGAAGCGCCCGAGGAAUUUCAAACUGGUUUGCUUUUCUAACACUUUAUUUAGCAUAGUGGGCUUGUGUAAACGUAACAACUAGUACGGAUUUUUCUUAAUUUUGCAGUGUGCUUUACAGUAACUUCUAGGAGCCACAAAAAGAGUGUGUGGGAGGGAGGUUUGACACAAAUAUUGCAAGGUAAAGGAGUUCCUUUUCUUUUUCCUUCUAGGAAAUGUUCAUUUAUCUUGUUAGCAGGUAACCUUGUAGUGCAUUAUCCCUCUUUGCCUGUUGUCUUUAUAAAUGAAGCCCUUGCACCUCCCAGGAAUUUGCCAGGGAGUAAUACACGUCAACAUGAGGACAGUUAGUUGCACAUUUGUACAGUUACAAGUAUAAUGCAUACUGUCUUUUUUCCAAAACAAAACAAACAGACAAAAACUUUAUAUUCAAAUGCCUAUCCAGCAGUGCCUGAACGUUUCAAGUUUUGAAACAAUAGCAACCAACUUACCCCAUUCCAUAUGCCCCAGAAAAACCUACAACAGCGUGUGUAGUAUGUGGAAGUAAUUUGGAAAGCAUCCUGCAGUUUUGAAGGGAACACGGUGAAAAGAAAAGCUGGGGGAAAAGAGUUUGGAUGUGGUCGAGAGGGAAGAAACUAGUUAGCAUUAUUGAUGUAGCUUGUAGUAAGUGAGUGGUAACAUCUUUAUUUUUUUUCUGAUUUCUCUUAGCACAUAAAAAGCUGCAGCCCGCAUGAAGAGGGGAAUUAUUAGCUAAAAGAUAGCCAUCAGAUUUCAGAAGAUAAAUGAAAGGUGGAUCUGAACCUUGAAAUUGUCAGCUCAGCAGGAGGUUGCAAAGGCAGAAUGGUGGAAGGAGGGUUUCCUGGAGAACUCCCUGAAGAUUGAAAUGGAUUGUGCAGUUCUGGAAGGGGACAAGAAACAGGCAAUACAAAGACCAGUAAAAAUGGGAAGUACUGGAUUCUGGUUUCCUCCAAGAAGAGUCAGCGGAACUGGUUAAGACCAAAAUCUGAGGACUUUAGUGGGCAAACAUCAGUCCCCUUUUGCUUUCUUUUACGACCACAUGAAACUUGAGAAGCCAUCUAAAGCUAAAUCAUUUAGUGGAGUUGGGCAAUUCCCAAGUGUCCAACAAGAAGGCCUGGUUUAGGCUGCGAUGGCCACUGUCAUUCCUGGUGAUUUGUCAGAAGUAAGAGAUACCCAGAAAGUCCCUUCAGGGAAACGUAAGCGUGGUGAAACCAAACCAAGAAAAAACUUUCCUUGCCAACUGUGUGACAAGGCCUUUAACAGUGUUGAGAAAUUAAAGGUUCACUCAUACUCUCACACAGGAGAGAGGCCCUACAAGUGCACACAACAAGACUGCACCAAGGCCUUUGUUUCUAAGUACAAAUUACUAAGGCAUAUGGCUACUCAUUCUCCUGAGAAAACCCACAAGUGUAAUUAUUGUGAGAAAAUGUUUCACCGAAAAGAUCACCUAAAGAAUCACCUACAUACACACAAUCCCAACAAAGAGGCCUUUAAGUGUGAAGAAUGUGGAAAGAACUACAAUACCAAGCUUGGGUUCAAACGUCACCUGGCUUUGCAUGCAGCAACAAGCGGUGACCUCACCUGUAAGGUAUGUUUGCAGACUUUUGAAAGCACAGGAGUGCUGCUGGAGCACCUAAAAACUCAUGCAGGCAAGUCAUCGGGUGGAGUGAAGGAGAAAAAACACCAGUGUGAACACUGUGAUCGUCGGUUCUACACCCGGAAGGAUGUCCGUAGACACAUGGUAGUGCACACUGGAAGAAAGGACUUCCUCUGUCAGUACUGUGCACAGAGAUUUGGGCGGAAGGAUCACCUAACGCGCCACAUGAAGAAAAGUCACAACCAAGAACUUUUGAAGGUCAAAACAGAGCCAAUGGACCUUCUAGAUCCCUUUACCUGCAACGUUUCUGUGCCUAUUAAGGAUGAGCUGCUUCCAGUGAUGUCUUUACCUUCCAGUGAACUGACAUCAAAGCCAUUUACAAACACUUUGCAAUUAAAUCUCUACAACACUCAGAUUCAGUCCAUGCAGAGUUCUGCAUCUGCACACCAAAUGGUUGCCACAUCAUUACCAUUGGGAAUGCCUUGUCCAAUAGAUAUGGAGUCUGUCCACCCUUCUCACCAGCUAUCGUUGAAAUAUCCGCUCAGUUCUACCUCAUACGCAGUUUCUAUGCCUGAAAAGGAACAGCCAUUGAAAGGGGAAAUCGAAAGUUACUUAAUGGAGUUGCAAAGUGGUAUGCCUUCUUCAUCCCAGGAUUCUCAAGCAUCUUCAUCAAAACUAGGGCUGGAUCCACAAGUAGGGCCACUAGAUGAUGGGUCUGGGGAGGUUUCCCUUUCCAAGGGCUCUGUUCCUAUUAGUGAACCUCUAAACACCCCGUCAUUGGACUUUUCUCAGCUGUUCAACUUCAUACCUGUAAAUGGCCCUCCCUAUAAUCCUUCUGUUUCAGUGGGAAACCUCGGAAUGAGUUAUACGCAGGAGGAGGCACAUUCUUCUAUGACUCAACUUCCACCACAAACACAGGAUCCACAAGAUCCUAGCAAUAGUAUAGGCCUUGGGUCUCUGCACUCAUUGUCAGCAGCUUUCACGAGCAGUCUAAGCACAACCACCACCCUACCACGAUUUCAUCAAGCUUUCCAAUAGGAUGUACAAAGCUGGCUUGUUACUGUCUAUUUGUAGAAAUGCCUUAGGUGACCAUUUUUAACUUAGUGCCUACUAUAAGACAUUAUAAAUUCUCUGCUUUUGUACAGUACCAAUCUCAUGAAGCCAGUAAGAAAUUUUUUAAUGUUUUGAAAGUGUUUAUUCUCAGCUGUGUUUACUUUUUUUUUUUUUUUUAAGUCUCAUUGUAUUGUUUUCAUUUUCACUGCCAAUUGACACAUUUAAAAUGUUCACUAGAAAGUCAUCCCAAGCAACCUUUCAACAUGCAUCCCUUUUUAAAAACUUUUUCAACCAUACCAGCCACUCUGUUUUAUUGAUGUCAGUGGUGGAACUACCAUUUUUACCUUUUAUAUAUUACAGCAUUUGCAAAGAAUCUAGUUCAAACAUGUAUUGCAAAGAUUUCUAAAGAUUUGGGAAAAAAAAAUCCUCAGUCCCUUUCCAAAAAAAAAAAAAAAAAAACUGUUCCCAAAUGGUGACAUCUGAUCUGUUCUAUAAUGACAAUUCUAAAUUUUUAAAUAAAUAUAGAAUUCAGAUUUUUUAUGAAAACUUGUAUGUGUAUAUAUAGAAGUUCAUAUAUACACAUGUACAUAUAUAUAACGUUUUGACUUGUAUUGAAGUCAUUAUAAAAGGUGUUACAAAUUUUGCCAUUUUCUGGCUUAAAUUGUGGUGGCCUGUUAUGAAUAUUGGAAGAAAAAAUAUAGUUUAAUUUUGUAAAAUCAUGGCUGAACAGAAUUUCAACAGAGAAUCUCUGCUUGCCUAAAUGACGAAAGUUUCAAGUUGAAUUUGGAACUGUGUUGUGCUUUCAUGACUCUGGUAGAGGAAAACAGGCAAAAUUAAUGGCUGAUCUUGAAAUAUAAAAGUGUUGUAAUUUAGUAAUGCAGAAUAUUUUGUUGCAGUUUUUGUUUUAAUUCUUAACUUGCUGUUUUUUCUCUUUAGUAGCAUAGAAAGAGUACUGCAUAGGAAUCUUCCAAUAGCGUAUUCACAUUUGUAGGCAUCGGUCUUCUCCCAGCCGCCACCGCCAAAGGGUGGAUUGAGUCCAGCCAGAAAGUGUGUAUCUAUUUUCUGUUCAAUAUUAGUGUGCAGUCAGAGAGUGAAUGUAAAUUUGCAAAUACCAGUUUUUAAUUUUUUUUUUUAUUGGAAUGAACUUUUCAGUUGUGUUACAUGGUGUGUUAUGUCCUCCUAAGCAACAAGUUAGAUGUUAAUCAUACUUUCUACACCUGGGUACUUGGUUAGGGACUUUUUGCCCACUGCCAAGAUUUAAAGACAGGACUCUUAGGAGUGAAGUAAAAGCAUAUUGCUUACACCACUUUUACCUAAUGCAAUAUAUUCUAUUCCCCAACCCCUAAUAACCAAAAGAGGAAAAAAAAAAAAAAAAGAAAAAAAAAAAAACCUGUGAUGCAUGAAAGCAAACUAGAUUUGCUGUAAUUCAACAAUAACUCGCUUUUCCUUGUCAUUUUUGUACAAGGAAUUAAAAAAUAGAAAUAAAAUACAUUAGUAUCUCUCAAACAAUAAUGAGGAUUCAUACAAGGUUUUAAGUGGUUAAACUAAAUAUACUUCACAGAAACAAAAGUUGCUCCCAUUUAAGGAGCUCAUGCUCCGGAUGUUUUAUCAGUAGCUCCUACUUUUUUUUUUAAUUCUAGGAGCAAUAUGCAGGUGUAGUUUUACUAUUUUAUACAUAUGUGUAUUUAAAUUUUAUUACUGAAAGAUAACAUUUUUAUAAAUGUGUUUGUGUUCCAAAGGCAUUAAAAUAAGGAUGUAUUAAUAAGGAAAAUACCUUUUGAAAUUCUACAAACUACUCCUAGAUUUUGGGUUUAGGAGCAUGUUAUCUCAAAGUGGGCUUUUAGCUCUGCUUCAUGACUGCUUCCUCUGGUUUCUAUGAAACAGAUCGCUUGCUUACUUACAUCUUUAGUUGAAUGAUUUGUUCAAUAUUGCUUUUUUUUUUUUUUCGUCACCUUUAUAAAGGAAAGAAAAACACAGGUGAACAGAGCACAAGGUGAAUGCAACAGAAUGUAAUUCUGGUUUAAAAUAGCAACCACAAUGCAUAUAGGGAGACGUUGGCUUUACUCUCGGUCUUUUAAACCAAUUAGGAGUGAAGAUCAAUGGACUUCAUUCCUCUGGUGGUUCUGCCCUGCGUGGAGCUUCCCCUUGGCAGAGGGAACCUGCGAGCGCUCAGCAUCUCACAGGCAGCUCUGGCAGCGGCUGCAGAAUUGAUGGGCAGCGCUCUUCCUCCUGGGCAGGGAAUGUGCAGGCACCAGGAGCUUCAAAGCUGGAGUUUUGGGUAUGGCAUGGAGGAAUUUGCUCGUUCAGGAGUCGCCAGUAAAUUUAAUCUCACCUGCCGCUGCCAGAAGCUCUGCCAGACUAGUUGCGGAAGGGAUUUGAUGUGGCACAUCUAACAUGCAACAAGAGGCAGUGCCACCUGCUUAUCAGUCUCAGUUUCUGAUUAUAGACUUGAUUAAAAAAAAAAAAAAAAAAAAAAAAAAACACAUCACAACAAACACUCAGCCAACACCCAGUUCUUAGUACUUAGCCGGAGUCCUUACCACUUGGUUAGUGCCUUAAUUUCCUGAGCAGGGGUUGACAUUUCACUUCAGAGGUAGACGUACAUUUCACUCGAGAAGUAGGGACCUCAGACAAGAUAUUGAACCUCAUUCAGUCAGGGCUUCAGUCGGCCAAGUUAGCGUGCCGCUGAACGAGGAUGUAUGAUUACGUGGAAGCAGGUUUGACAGUGUAAGCAAUAUUAACACCUUAGUGCUUUCGAGUAAUGUUUAGGCAGAGUCGUUAUUGGCCACUACUAAAAUGUCAGUUUUUAAACCCUGUUUUCUAGGUUUCAAAUUGAUGCUUCGAGGGAGGGGGGAGGGCUGGCUGAUCAUGCACCACUCUUUGUGCAACUUCUAAACUUCUAGUAAGGUCUUUUUUUUUUUUUUCUUUAAUAUAUAUAUUUUUGUGUACUUGUUGCUUGUGCUUUAUUUAGUAGUAAAUUGUGGAAUAGAGUGAUUUAUUGUUAAUUUGGCAGUAGCGGUUUUUAAAAACCAUAUACUGACUGAAACAUGAGCCAGAGCUGAUUGCUUUAUUAAGCUAAUAAUGAAUGUUAAGAGUACAUAUUUUCAGGAUCAUUUGCCUAGUGAGCUAAACAUGUAUUAUAGGCCAAUAUUUUUUAAAAUAAAGCUUGGUCAACCUCUAUGUUACACAUAUUACAAGAUAUAGCACUUUCAAAAGAAAAACCUAAACCUUUUAAGAAAGUUUCUUACAGGUUAUGCUUUUUAUUAUAAAACCUUUUAUUAUAAUUUGUUUCAAGUGCCAUUAGAUUACAUAUAUGUAGGCCUUUGGUAUAAUGCUUUGUGUACAAAAUGGUAGACAUUGUAAUUUUAAACAGGUACAUUUUUACAGUGUUUUCUUAUCAAUUUGCUAUAUUGCACAGAACCAGUGUGUCUUUCUUAAGGGUUUUACAAUGGUUUUUACUAGGUUUACAUGUUUCAAACUACACUGUCUUCUACUGCCAUUUUGAAUACCAGUCAAAAAAAAAAAAAUUAGGAGUUUGUCCUCACCAAUUGUAAACUGUGUCCUCUGGAGUCCUGGAUGGUAAACUAUUGCAGAAAUACUUAACACACAGUAUUUGAUGCAGAUUUUUUUUAUCCUAUGCUAUCAACGCUAUGCUGCUGUCUGAAGUUAACUUAGGGCCUGAUCCUGCGUCCGUAACGUCAAGGGGAGCAGGAUUGCAUCCUUCGUUAUGUCUGUCUCAUACACUGGUUUAGCAGCUUACCCUGUAUUCUUCUCGGUCUCUAGAUACGCCUCUGAAAUAAAUGUACUUACCUGCUAUGUAGUAAACAGUAUAGACUUAGCUGCCCAUCCUGCAUCUUCCCAGUGUACAAUUCAAACCCUAGCCUACUUAGCAUGACACUCAACAUGCAGAUAACGCCACAGUAGCUCAAAAUGUGUUUGGAUAGUCCCAAAGCUUUUUAUGUAAUGAGGGUGUCUUACUUUGUUGGAAGGCAGUGUCUUUUGAUAACAGUUAUCUAGCCCUGGAAGCGACACAGAACUAUUGCUAAUCAUAUGUAAACACUUUUCAGUAUAAGCUUCAGUGGUACAGUUGAACCAGAGUGAAUGUUUAUCUCCUCAGAAACACUCCUGCAAUAUUGUUAUAUUGGAUCAUGCUGCUAAUGUAACUUGGGAUACAACUCCUCUCAUGGUGCUACAAACCUCCCUGUCUCAUUCAGAUGUAUUUUUACCCAUAGAAAAAAGGACUAUACUAGACCUAUAGUUGUAUGAUAUAUUUUUAUACUGUGACUUAAUUUGUCAUUAAUGAACUUUGUACAACACCACAAUGUAUUCAUAUGCACUUGCAAAAGUAAAAUUUUGGACAUGCAAAUUUAAACGCUGACAAGCCCAGCUCUUGUUCACAAAAAUAGAUGACAAUUAAAAUUAAAUGUGGGCUUUUUGUAUGGUGUGGAGUGAAGAACACACUGUAUAUUACUAAAAGCCUUUGAAUUUAGACAAAAACUGGGGAAAAAAAAGUAUAUUGGGGAAUGAUGGCACACCCAAACCUGACUCAGAUUGCUGAAAUUAUAUUUUUUAGCUAGUGGAAAAAUUGUUUGGACUUGUAUGCUAAAAUGUUUUAAUGAUAAAAGUUUUGAGUCAAAAAAUAUAGAAAAAAAAGAACACAGAAAACCCUGCAUUCCAGACUGAAUUUGUAUAUGUUUCUUGCAUUUAAAAUUUGCUAUCCUGUGAUAUGGGAAAUCGAGUUGCUUAUCAUGUAUAUGUACUUUAAAAUGUAUUCACAAACUACUGUUGUAUUUGUAUAAAAUAUAGACAAAAAGAUUGCAUAUAUAUUUUUGUGUAUAAGCUCUGUAAAAUAGCAAUCACAUUAUGAAGCUGCAGCAGAACUUCAUUUUAAACAUUCACAUCCAAAGAAACAGACUAUUUAUUGUCCACAUACCCUGAUUAUAAAAUAUACCUUGCUGCUAUUAAACAAUAGUGCUGCAGCUUCUUGUGGCCUACAGUGUUAUGUUUGCUGUACAAAAAUAUGUGAACUCCACAAAAUAUAUCAAUAAAAUUACAGAAUGGUUUUAGUUAAUGAA